UUGCUUUUCUGAUAAUUUAAAUACUUAUUCCAAAGUGUUCAGUGUGUUUCAGACUGAAAUGAGAUUGAAUUUUAAGACCUUGUGAAGGAGUUGAAGAAAGUUACUAGUCAUGGUCGUGGAAGCUGCAAAACUUCCAGACAAUGUAUUGGAAGCAGUUUUUGCUUUUCUUGAACUCCCCGAUCUUCAAAAUUGUUCUCUAGUUUGUAAGAACUGGUAUCGGUUCUUGAAUGACGAGAACAACGAUGUCUGGAGAAUGCAUUGUAUCCGGAAACUUGCAGAAGAAGCACUCAGAUCCGAGCUCCUCACAUCGGUCCCUACUUAUAAAGCCAAACUUCGCGCAUUUUAUCAUGCAUGGAAUCCGAACGACUGUUCGCGAAAUAUUUACGUGAAACCAAACGGAUUUACCCUUCAUAGAAACCCCGUAGCACAGAGUACAGACGGAGCCCGAAGUAAAAUUGGCUUUAGAAGCGGACGGCACGCCUGGGAAGUAAUCUGGGAAGGACCCCUAGGUACUGUCGCGGUUAUUGGUAUUGCUACUAAAGAGGCGCCUAACCAGUGUCAUGGUUAUGUAGCUCUGCUAGGUAGUGAUGAGCAGAGCUGGGGUUGGAACCUAGUAGACAACCAUCUACUACAUAAUGGAGAUUCACAAGGAAACUAUCCACAAUUAAACAAUGCACCCAAAUAUCAGGUUGGUGAGAGAAUACGUGUUAUACUGGACUGUGAUGAUAACACCCUCGCAUUUGAGAGAAAUUAUGAAUUUUUAGGAGUUGCAUUUAGAGGAUUACCAGAUAAACAGCUGUAUCCGUCUGUAUCUGCUGUGUACGGUAACACUGAGGUUUCUAUGGUAUAUCUAGGCCCUCCUUUAGACGGUUAACUCAACAGAUCACUCGUUCCAGAGUAGGGAGGUUAUAAAGCUGCAGGUCAUAUUAACCCUGAAUAAUCUUCAUAAAUAAUCAUAAAUACACUGGUGUAGAGUUCUCUUAGGUUCUCUAAGCUGUGGUGAGCUAAUUAGUGAAUAAGCUGGUUAUCUAAUAAGUGAACUUAUUUACACAAGAAACAUUCAAAAGAAUUUUGAUUGAAAAUUUAAAGAUUGUUUACACACUGGGAGGCAAAUAUGAGAAGAUUGUUCUGAAAGAAUGCCUGAAGGACUCCUGAAAGCUAUUAUCUAGUGUAUUAGCAUGUUUACAUUUCUUUAUUUAAAUUCAUAUAACUUCUUCAGAACUCAGCAUAUCUCAACCUAGAAUUAUUGAAUAAUGAAUAUAAAUGCAUAAUACAUGUAAUUGUAGAAUUGAACGCGAAGAAAAUUUUUUUACAAGUUAAAUCAUUUCUACAACUCCAAACAUAGAUUUGAUUGGGAUAAUUAGGAAUAAAAGGGGGAUUUUCCACAAAAAAAAAUCAUAUUCGAAACUUGAAAAGUGUUUUCACAAUUUCCAUACAUUUAUAACAAGUUCGAAUUUGAUAAUUGUAGCCAUCAUUCGUAAAGCUGCUCUUUGUAAUGUUGAAGUUUAAAUCCAAUCAAAUGUACCCCUAGCCCCAUAAUCCAACCAUGUUAUAAAGUUACAUAUGGUUUUAAAUAUCUUGGAUCAUAUGCGUAUUGUUUUCAUUUUUUAAGCCAUCCAGGAAUUUUUUUUUAUCAUAAUACAGGGUUAUUCACAGAGGAUGAGACUGUAAAGACGACCGCAAACGCUUUUAACUAUGACAAUUUCAAGGGUUGAAUUAGGUCCUCUUUUAAAUAUGUCAGUAAGUUCUUUGGUGACCUUUUUAAUAAAUUGGCAAAGAAAGAAAAAGUUUAUUAGUUGAAGGGAAUCUUAAAGACAAGGAAACAGACAGUAUAAAUUCACUACAGUCGUCUCUGAAGGUGGUAACCCUUUAUUUUUCAAAUAUGAUUUUUAAUUGUACUAAUCAAUAUUUAUGUUCCCCCCAUUUUAAGUAAUGAAGAUGAACACAAAACAAUGUAUUCAGGAGAAUGCAAAAAUUAAGUUACAAAACAAAAAGAUUUGAUUUUCUUUUUAGUCUAACUCUAACUGGGAAUUUUAUACUUGAAAAAGUCGUUUAAAUCUUUAUAAAUAAAAACUAGGAUUGGUACAAUUUCUAUGCAUAUUUUCCCUUCUAUUAUUAAACUGCAACCUCAAGUUUAAAAAAUUUACUUUUAAAUUUUUUUGAAAAUAAUUUUUUCCCUCAUAUUUUAUUAGUUUUGACAUUUUCCAUAAUUUCUCCUCUUAUGAAAAUCUAAUUGAGAAUAUACACUCCUUUAAUUUAGUAUACGCUAAAUGCUUUAAAGGGACUGUAAACUCCCUUCAAAAGUAAAUUAUGAUAUUUUGAAAACUUGUUUUACGCCUUUUCUUCCCAUGAUUUGUCAAACAUAUAACCGGACUACACUAAACACAGGAUAGUAGUCGAGACUGGAUUCAAUUGGUCGGUCUUCCUCUGAUAUGGAGAACUUAUUCUUAGUUUAUACAUUCAUUCAUUCUUUUAGUAUUGAGAUAUAUAUCUAGUACUCAAUCUCCUAUGUUUCCAACUAUCUGUAAUUUGUAAAUAUUUAUGUAUUGUAGAGAUAUAAGAGAUACAUUCAUGGGUCAUGUUUCAUCUUUUCAAAACUACUGAUCAAAUUACACUGAGAACAUCAUUUUAUUGGGGUUAAUAUUGCAUCAUCAUCCAAAGCAUUAAAAGAAAGCCCCCUCCCCCUCCUUCUUACCCCCCAAACACAAAUAUCCCUCCCUUCUAUCAGUUUUAAUUUGUAUAUCAAUAAAUAACAUUAUUUAAGAGAGCGAAAUCAGAAAUACAAAAGAAAACCGAUCUUUCUAAAAACAUGUCUGAAAGGUUCUUUUAAAUAAUUUAAAUAAAAAAAAAUUCUUGUCAUUUAUUUGACCCUUCAACAUUUCCUCCCUUAUUAUUAUUUGACUUGUGCCGAAGUGUUUUUGAUCAUUUAAUUUAAAGUUGGAAAGUAAAUGACCUGUGACUUGAAAGUACUCAACAGAGCUCUAUUUCAUUAUGUUUAGUUUUAUAAUUGUGAUCCAUACAGUUGACUUGAGUGGAAAAAUUUAGCCAUCUUAUGUUAAAUACGGUUUUGUUAGA